AUGGCCCACCCGCUCUACCAGGCCCACAGGGUCACGCCGGCACUCGCCUGGGCCACCUCCAUCAACUCCUUCAGCACCAUCCAAUUUGGAUUCCAUUUGGCCGUGACAAACGCCCCAUCCAAGAUCAUCGCAUGCUCCAGAGACGAGUAUGCCACGGAAACAUUCUGGGGCUCCUGGGGCCGCCAAAGCUGCAUUCCCAUGGACGCCAACGACAUCGCCCUCAUGAGCACCAUGUUCACGCUCGGCGGCUUGGUUUCGUCGGUGGUGGCGGGGUCUCCUUUUGUCUCGUUGAUUGCAGGCCGAAAACGCAUCCAGAAAGCGUGUUCUGCCGUGUUUUUGCUCGGAUCAAUGCUUCUUUGCCUUGCAAAUACGAAAUGGGUGUUUUUGGCCGGUAGGGCCCUCACCGGAAUGGCCCUGGGCGUGUCAAUUGUGGUUGCACCUAUCAUGGUCAACGAACUCGCUCCGCUCAACCAUCGUGGACUCAUGGGCUCCUUGUUGCAGUUUGGCGUUGCCCUUGGCAUUUUAACCGCUUUUCUAACUGCUCUCCCGUGGGGCAAUGUAGACCAAUGGCGGUGGAUUUUUGCAUUUGGAGCGUUUCUUGCAUUGGCCCAGCUUAUCCUCCUCUUCACCAUCGUUGAGCUGCCCAAAUGGAUGAUAACUCACAAAGGCAACUAUUCAAAAGCGACUCAAACCCUCCACACGCUUCGGUCCGAGCUGCUGCUGGUGAAUCACGAAAUCCAGCACUGGAGAGAAAUGAGAAAUCGCCCCAAGGUAGGUGUAUGCGAGGAGCUGCCGCUUAUAGAGGAGGAAACCCCCAGCACAUUCACGCCAUUGACCCCGUCCAAGUCCCGCAGAGGCUCCAUCGACCCCAGUUCCGUUUCAAUGCUACAGUAUAUCUGCAGCACUCUGUACCACAAAGAGGUGGUUGCGGUAGGCCUUAUCAUGACGGCUCAGCAGCUUUGCGGCAUGAAUGCCAUCAAUUUCUACGGCGUGCUGAUUCUUGAAAAUGUGGUUCCAAAAGGCACCAACGUGCUCUACAUCAUGCUGAGCCUAGCGCUCUGCAACGUUGUAGCCAUGCUUGCGGUGCUGCCCUUUAUCGACAAAUUCGGCAGGAAAACCUUGCUCGUGGCCUCUCUUGCCAUAAUGGGCAUAGUGGCAGCGCUGAUCUCGUCCUCCAUUUUAGGCGGUCGCGGAGCCGUUGCGGCCGUUUCUUGCUUUAUCUUUGUCACGGGAUUUUCUAUAGGCCUAGGCCAGAUACCCAAUUUGAUGGUAAGCGAGCUUCUGAGCCAUGAAACCGUCGGAGUGGCCCAGUCAUUUGGAACCAUGCUCAAUUGGGCUGCCAAUGUCGUGGUGGCAUACGGAUUCCCCCAGCUCCAAAGGGGAGUAAAAGACUACGACUUUUUCGUUUUCUCCAUAAUCUGCGCCGUCUACGUCAUAACCGUCAUUUUCUUUGUUCCCGAAACCCAGGGCCGUCUAAAUUACCAGGACAUUUGGAAAUAA